AUGGCCAUCCGCGAUAUCGUCGCCAAUCCCUCGCUGCUGCCCGUGCUCGGGCUCAGCGCCGAGACUCGCGAUCAAUGCAUGAAACUGUUGGCCGUACUCGACCCCACGGCUGAUCUGUCCGAUGACCCUCAAGAGCGUGCUCUGGCAGCCUCUCGCGAGCAGAAACAAUUGUUUGCUCUUCUGGCUCGUCUGCGGGGCCAGAACCGGGAUGCGAUUAUGCGCGUGCGCGAGACCAAGCAGUCCACUGCAGAAGCCCGCCAGGAGAUUGACCGUCUCCAUCUCCAACUCCAGAACUUGUAUUAUGAACAGCGACAUUUGACGGGCGAGAUUGCCGCCUGCGAGUCCUACGAUCACAAAUAUCGCUCCCUACCCUUGAUUCCCCUCGAAGAGUUUCUGGCUCUGCAUCCCGAGCACCAGCAGUCCGAUGAACACGAAUUGAUGAUCGCUCGCAUCAAUCACGAACAUGCGGAACGGGAGAAGCUGGAACAGGCACGACAGGAGCUGCUGAAGCGCAAGCAGGCCUUGAUCGCGGAGAACAACAAGCGCAAGGAGGAUUUGGCCAGCUUGGAUCAGGAUUUAGAGCGGUUUAUCGACAUACCCCAAGUGAAUUCGCAGGAUAGCAUAAUAUGGAAUUAUCGAACUUCAACCGCGAGUAAAACAAGACGAUCGGCCAACUGGCGGGACCACUCCGCCUUGGCUGCCGCAUCUCAACUCCAUCUCCAUUUCAUCUCCAACUCGACAACCACCACUCCCUCUCUCAAGUAUGUGGCCAUGACGGCCAAUAAAUAUCCCCAGACGUCUCCUCAGACUGUCUCCGACCACACCAUGAGCACCGCAACCCCCACGGCGCGUCUGCCGCCGCCCGAGAAGCCCGAGGCCAUCCGCACCCGCUUCAAGGUCAUUGCGGCCUUCUGGGCUGUAAUCAUAUUCUUGGGCUUUCCCAUCUGGUGGAAGACCACCUCGAUCUAUCGCGCUUCUCUGCCUGUCCCAAACAUGAUUGAUUGGGCUGAUGGAAAGUAUCCCCAACACCAGACCUGUCGUCCUGUCUUCCCCCUCGAGAUCCGCGUCGAGACCCCCUCCCUGCCCGAUGUCGACGCUCAGCAUCUUCUCCGCUCGACGCAGCACACGCUCGACGACCUCAAUGAGUUCUCCGCGCACCAUCUGCGACUGAAGCUCUCCCACGAGAACCCCGAUCAGCCCCCCGCAGCCGACGCCGCAGACACCGCAUUGACCGUCCGUCUACUGCCCCAGGACGACCUCUCCAGCCCUCGCGCAGCUCUCCACCAUGAUACCACUCAGCUCGAUGUCUUCUAUCCCCCUAGCCAGAUUCCGCCCCCGUCGGCGUCCAACUCGCCCCUAUCCACCUUCCUCGCAGACGAGCUUCAGCUUCUCUUCGCCGAGGAGAAAGCCAUCAUCGCCCAGGUGCUCUCCGACAACAACAUCCCCGGCGCACCCACUUCCCCGGAUCUCGCAGAGAGCGUCACUCGCCGUCUCCGCCGCUCCAUGAAGUACGCCGACACCUACCACCUCGCCUUCAGUCUCUUCACCCCCGGCGCAUCCCCUUCCUCUUGGGACAUCCAAGCUGCCGUGCACGACUACAUCACCCCGGUCCUCGACGCCUUCUCCCCCAUCAGCAACUUCACUGUUGACACCCAAGUCCAGCUCUACGCAACCUCCUCCCCAACCGCGCCACCCCCCGAAUACGACGAAACCCACUCUGCCUGGACCCUCAAAAAGGACGACCUCAGCGCCUUCAUCAACGCCGCCGAGUGGCCCCUCAGCCCCAGCAUCGGCCCCGGCCCUACCAUCAACUUCAUCCUCUACAUCCCCUCCCCCUCACAAUCCCCCCUCGUCGUCAAAGACAGCCUCGCAACCAGCUGGAUCAUCCCGCAAUGGGGCGGUGUCUUCCUCCUAAACCCAACCCCAACCCCUGACCACCCCACGCACCUCACCAAAGAAACCCUCGGCCCGGCCUUCAUGACCUUCUCCCACCAACUCCUCACCCUCCUCGGCGCCCCCUCCACCCCUCCACCUCUCCCCCUCCGUCUCCAAACCCUCACCCGCGUCCGCGCCGCAUCCCUCCUCCUCUCCGCCUCCUCAACCAUGGGCUCCCUCGCCCGUCUCACCGAGUCCCUCCCCCAAAUCCCCAUCCCCGCUACCGUGGCCACCUCCGUCUCUACUACGCUCUCUCAUCUCUCCUCCGCAUGCGACCAUCUCCGCCACGGCCAGUUCCAGGCCGCCCUGGCGAGUGCCCGUGUCGCGGAGGGCGAGGCCGAGCGCAGCUUCUUCGAGAAGAGUAUGGUGGGCCAGAUGUAUUUCCCGGAUGAGCAUAAGGUGGCGGUGUAUUUGCCGCUAUUGGGGCCGGUGGGAGUACCUCUUAUUGUGGGGUUGUUGAAGGAGGUCAAGAAGGUGUUAACUUUAAGGUAUCUCAGGACAUGA